AUGACCACCAUGACCAAUCGCCACGACCUCCCCUCUCCACACGCCACCAUCUUCAAUUCCCCCUCCCGUUGUCCUCGCUUUUCCCUCGCGUCGCCUCCACUUCCCCCACCCGUCGCCCAACUUUCCCAUCCCGUCGCCCCCACUUUCCCGUCCCGUCACCUUCAAUCACACCUUCCGUCGCCUCCACUUCCCCCUCCCGUCGCCUCCACUUCCCCCUCCCGUCGCCUCCACUUCCCCCUCCCGUCGCCUCCACUCCCCCCUCCCGUCGCCUCCACCUCCCCCUCCCGUCGCCUCCACUUCCCCCUCCCGUCGCCUCCACUUCCCCCUCCCGUCGCCUACACUUCCCCCUCCACUCGCCUGAUCUUCCCCCUCCCGUCGCCUCCACUUCCCCCUCCCGUCGCCCCCACUUUCCCUUCCCGUCGCCUUCAAUUCCCCCUCCCGUCGCCUCCACUCCUCCCUCCCGUCGCCUCCACUUCCCCCUCCCGUCGCCUCCACUUCCCCCUCCCGUCGCCUCCACUUCCCCCUCCCCGAGAGGUGAGUUUAGGGUCGUUCUUGCAAGACUGGGCCGUCGCCUACCCUUUCCCUUCCCGUCGCCUGAACUUCCCCCUCCACUCUCCAUACUUGCGUCCACUUUCCAUACCUGCAUCCACUUUCCAUACCUGCAUCCACUUUCCAUACCUGCCUUCACUUCCUGCUCACUCUCUUCACCCCGCUUUCCCCCACUCUCGCCCAUUUUCACUCUUAUCGCUCUCUUUCCCCCUCUGCUCGAUCCUCUUUUCCCGGCUCACUCCCACGCCCACUCUCUCCAACCCUGCUCACUCUCACCCACCCUGCCCACUCUCUUCCCCCAUGCCCACUCUCUUCCCCCAUGCUCACUCUCACCCGCCCUGCCCUCUCUCUUCCCCCAUGCUCACUCUCACCCGCCCUGCCCACUCCCUCCCCCCAUGCUCACUCUCUCCCCCGUCCAAUCCCACACUACCCCCCGUCCAACGCCCCACUUCCCAUUGCUACCCCUGUCAUCCACCCAUCCCCUUGCUACCCCUGUCAUCCACCCAUCCCCUUGCUACCCCUGUCAUCCACCCAUCCCCUUGCUACCCCUGUCAUCCACCCAUCCCCUUGCUACGCCUGUCAUCCACCCAUCCCCUUGCUACCCCUGUCAUCGCCCCACUUCCCCUUGCUACCCCUGUCAUCGCCCCACUUCCCCUUGCUACCCCUGUCAUCCACCCAUCCCCUUGCUACUCCUGUCAUCGCCCCACUUCCCCUUGCUACCCCUGCUACCCCUGUCAUCCACCCAUCCCCUUGCUACCCCUGGCAUCCACCCAUCCCCAGGCUACCCCUGUCAUCCACCCAUCCCCUUGCUACCCCUGGCAUCCUCCCAUCCCCUUGCUACCCCUGUCAUCCUCCCAUCCCCUUGCUACCCCUGUCAUCCUCCCAUCCCCUUGCUACCCUUGUCAUCCUCCCAUCCCCUUGCUACCCCUGUCAUCCUCCCAUCCCCUUGCUACCUCUGUCAUCCUCCCAUCCCCUUGCUACCCCUAUCAUCCUCCCAUCCCCUUGCUACCCCUGUCAUCCUCUCUUCCUCACCCUGCUCACCCCACACCAUCCUAA